AUGUCAGACGAAGACGAAUCCAAUGGAUGGCAAUUAAUGGAAUCUGAUCCGGGCGUAUUCACAGAACUGUUGCACACCCUCGGUGUUCCUUUGAUUGUUGACGACCUGUACUCGCUUGACCCUGAAUCCCUGGCCUCCUUGCAGCCCCUCCACGCCCUCAUAUUUCUCUUCAAAUGGGUCCCGUCGCUCUCAGAAAGCUCUUCGGUGGCAGGCCAAUACGAUCCUAGUUUCCCUGGUUUUUUUGCGCAUCAGGUCGUAAAUAACGCAUGUGCCACGCUGGCAGUUCUGAACGCCCUCGGGAAUGUCCCUACUCUGGCUAUGGGUUUCCAACUGAGAGAACUCAUGAACUUCACCACCGGCAUGGACCCUCAGACACGUGGAAUGGUCAUGACAAGUGCCGACUGGCUUAGAGAAGCCCACAACUCUCUCUCACCUCCCAGCGCAAUUUCUUUGGAUGGCCUAGGGCUACCGAAGAGAACGGAGGAAGCAUACCAUUUCGUUGUAUACCUCCCAGUGAUGGGGUCCGUGUAUGAAUUGGAUGGUCUGAAACCGCAUGCAGUCCGACACGGUCAUUACGAAGACCACGGCGAAGGGUGGCUGAAGGCGGCUCGGGACGCUAUCGAAGCCAGAAUAGCGACAUAUCCGGAGAACUCGCUCGAGUUCAGUCUUCUGGCGGUUCGAGACGAUCCUCUUCCAUCAUUGCAGUCCCAGCUCCAGCAGCUGCAAUCGGCUGACCUAGAAUCUGAAGCCGCAGAACUUGUCGUCAAGAUUUCUACCGAAACCUCAAAAAGAGAUCGCUGGGCAUUUGAAAGCAGCGUUCGAAGGCACAAUCACUUUGGUCUCGUCCAUGCGUUGGUUCUCGCCUUGGCUAAAGCAGGGAAACUGGAAGGAGUGAAAGAAUCAGCGAAGACUAAAAUGAAGGCCCGAGUUGCACAGAGAAAAGGGCAAAAUGAUGGAUGAAGAUUGAUGAUGGAGGAAAACUUCGUUGCUGAUGUCAUUGACAUAUGUACGCUUCCAUCAUGUACGCCAGCUGACACCGUUUUUGAUCUAUAACGGUCUUCUUUCUUCGCUGUAAGCUGGUUUGAACUGGCUGACUGCUGAACUGGCUGACACCUUUUCGCGAUGAGAGUCGUGCUGAUCAUGGUGAUCGAGGAUUUUCAGGCGGGUCCGGACUAAUGUUCGCAGGUUCGUUCGUUCGCUUUCAAGCUUGCUCCAGAUUUCAGUCUGUCCAGUAUCCACUCGUUGAACUCUUCAUCCUGCGAUGAUCGCGAAAUGGUCUUAGGUCACCCCACAAGCCUUCGUACCACGGCCAUACUAGUACUGCGCGAAGCGUCUGGCCGCAACUGCGGCCAGACCAAGUUUUAGCGCCGA